CCUUUGUGUAGACUACCAGUUUCGUCAUACCUCCUACAGCUCUCACAAGGUUCAUGCAUGUCCAUUCGAUAUCUUGCAUCGUUCACCUGCUCACCCUCCGUCAAAUCGAAUAAUUCCAUCACUUUAUUUGUUCAGCAUCCCGCCAGUUCUUUUGUAAGAGCAACCUUAGAAAUUCAACAUCUCCUUUAUCAAGGGAACAGAUACAGAAUCGGAGAAUAGGUGCCUAACCGAGACGGAUUAGACGAUUAGACAGCCCUCGUCCAUUUUUUAAGCCUUUCAACCCCUGCGUUAUCCCUGAUCAUCUCGUUUUUGUCACAAGGAGCCGAAACGCCAGCCUUAGCCCUGGAAGCUCCUUCGACCGUCCAGCCGUCACAACUAUCGUCAAAGCUCCUAACAUUCUAACACAUCUAUACCCACUUUCAUCAACGUCUAAAACCACAUUUUGUCCUCUAUUUCCCCUCCAACCCUCUUGAGUUUCUAGACAACUACUUAAUCAAUUGCGAAAACCUAUAUGAAGAUAUCUUCGUCUACAAUCGUGGACUCGAUGUUGACUUGGAGAUAGAUCUAAUACUUUCUUUUCGUCUCUUCUACCCCGGUCGGUUUCAUUUUUUUCAUCGCGUCUCAUUUACAUCACAUCCGAACCGCCAUCAUUUCGGUGGGCAACGUGUCAAAAUCAUUUACGUAUACCUUAAUGCGAACAGUGUUUUUCACUUUUGUUGAAGCUUAAAGCUGCGUGUUACCAUGACUGUCGCAAAGGACGACAGAUCUAAAUCUAGUACGAAUGGGUCUGCGAAAGGGAAGAAGGGUAUCAACGGAAGCAAUGGUGGUAAUGGUAUGAAUGGACAUACAUUAACAUCAAGGCGGAGAAGUAUCGAACCGAAGAAGAAGAGCUUCUUUGCAUGGAUCUUCAGUGUCACCGCAAGGUUAUUGUCUUGGUAUUGCAUCUAUACACUGGUCUUCCGAUGUCCGUCCAGCCUCGAGGCAUGCAACGAUGCGACACCCAGAAUCUGCAAACCUUAUUUUGGAAUUAAAUCGAUUGUGUCGCCGCAUGUAACUCCGUAUUAUGAUACCUACGCCGCCCCUUACGUCGACAUUGCCAAGCCGUAUUAUAAUACCGUCGACCGUAUUCUCAUCACACCCACCCGCUCCUAUGCUGUCAAAUAUGGUGGUCCGCGGGUGGACCAGGCUCGUGUCUUCAGCCAAGCUCAGUGGGAGAAGAACGUCCAACCGAAACUAAGCAAGUAUCAAUCUCUGGCGAAGGCUCGAUAUGAUGAGACUAUCGCACCUCACGUUGAGGGUGUCUCGGCCGCUGUCUCUCCUUAUUACGAAAUCGCGCGGACCAAUGCGCUGCAGACCUAUCACGAGCUGCUACUUCCGAGCUACCUGUUCGUCCAGCCUUACGCCGCGCAGGGCUAUGACGUUGCCUACACGUUUACCACCGAUACUGUCGUCCCAUCGACUAAAUGGGGUUGGAACAAGACGUGCGCCUUCCUUGACUCUACUGUCUGGCCCCAUCUGCGAGACGUCUAUGUCAUGAAGGUCGAGCCGCAGCUCGUUCGCAUCGGCGAGAGAUUAGGCAGGUAUAAGGAGAAGAAGGUCAAGUCGGUUAUCGAGGAAGCUAACUCAUCAGCGCCCAAAUCUACAUUCGCGAAACCGACAGCUUCUACUACUUCAUCUACCGCUCCGGUUGUCGAAAGUACCGCUAUAUCUGAACCCGAAUCCCCUGCCAGAAGCGAGGUAGAAUCUCCUGAGACUCAACAAGAGGUGGCUGAAAUAAAGAUCGACCAGACCAAGUCACGCACCCCGGAAGAAGUACGUGAGCACGCUGCGAAGACCGUGGCCGAAGAUCUCGAGUUAUGGGAAGGGAAAUUCGCGAAAGUCGCAGAAGAAGGAGCUACGGAAAUUGAGGGCCGCGUUGAGGAGAUCGCGAACCGUAUGAUCGAGAGACAAGCUAACGGCAUGGGUAAAUCCCUCGUGAAACAACUCGACGAGACUGCCACUGCCGAGCUCGGGAAGCUUAAGAAGUCCAUUAUUUCCAUUUUGACAAAACAUAGCGAAGAUGCCGAGAAGAGAGACGAGGCCUUGCUGGAAGCCGUCCGCGCAGCCGGCAUCAAAAUUAGAGACAAGGCCCAUACCGUUCGCACUUGGCGCCAAACGUACGAGCAGGAAGCUGAAAUCGCCGUCACCAAAGCCGCCGAAGAGCACUACAGUAUCCUCGAAAAGACGAGUGAUCUCGCUCUUCAGAAAAUUGGCAUGAAAUGGGCGUGGAUGGAAGGUGUCACCUAUACGGACUGGAAGAAGUACCAUGAGCUCAAGGCUCGCUUUGAGCAGUGGACGAACGAGUUCAAACAGCUGAUUACUACCCAUCCUGGCAUCCUGGCUGCCCAGGCAGCUGGAAUCGAGAUUGAGGAUGAGGCGAUGGGCAUAGCGCAGGCCGCAGCCAUGGAAUUAGGACGAUUAAAGCAGGUUGCUACGUGGAAGGCAGUAGCCGGCGACUUCAGCGACAAUUUUGACAGCGAGACGACUGAACUGGCAGCUAUAGACGUCGCCCGAAAAGCUGCCAGUGCCGCCCGGAGUGCCACAUCGGCAGGUUCCUCUAUCGCCGGAGAAGCUGAGAGCGAUUCUGAGUCAGUGGCUGAGGCAAGUGCAGAACAAGACGCCCCCGUCAACGCUGAGACAAUAGUCGUAUCGCUUUCUCAGGCAGAGACGGAAGCUACCAGCGUCAGUGAUUCAGCGUCGACCGCAGCUCCAUCUUCGGAGACUGAAGCCGCAGCAGUGGACAACAAGACCAACGUAGAAAACCCAGACGAAGCGUCCGCGUCUGAACCUAUCGAGGUUCCAGAACAAGUUAAAGAAACGAUUGUUGAGGUACCCGAUGAACCGACUGUUCCUGUCGAAGAAGCCGCCCCCACGACUACUGUCAAGUCGGCUCUCUUUGGUGCUGCAGCCCAGUCUGUGCCCUCCCGACAGCCUAUACUCGAUGACGAUAUCGAUUCGUCUGCAUCAAGCGCACUGUCAGUGGCGCAGUCAGAUAUUCCUGCUAGCAUCACCUCGGCCGCCCAAUCCGCAUACACAGCUGCGAUCGCUGGAGCAGCCGAUCAUUACUCGCGUGCUAUGUCCGUCGUCUCCGCCCAAAUCCACGGACAACCGAAGCCCGUUCACGAGGAGAUGCUUAGUUCGGUUUCUAAUGCUUACUUUGGCGCCGUUGCUUCAGCCAACUCUCGACUAAACGCUGCUAUAACGGCCGCAUCUCAAAGUGUCUAUGGCACUCCUACCGCCAAAUGGGUCCCGAGCGCGCCGACUGUUCCAUCUGUUGAUUGGGAGAGGGUCCAGUCCAUCGCCCAGCAAAAUCUUGAUGACUCGGUAAAGUGGGCGUCGGAACAAUACUUAGCCGCAAAGGUAGCGAUUGGCGCUGCUGAACCGACAUCUAGCACAUAUCUUGAGAGCGCAGAGAAGAAAGCCAGCAAACUCCUCGACCAAGCCAAGCACAACUAUUAUGCGGGUUUAGGCCUGGCACAUGCUCGGUAUUCGGAGUUUCUGUCUGCAGCAUCAAUAGUCGCUACCCCCACUCCGACUAACAUUCAGGAGUCGGCCUCGUCUGUUAUGUCAGCAGCCGGUGACGCUGUUGGGGACAGUUGGGACGCCCUUGUUAACCGCGUGAGUUCCCAGGUCUACGGCGCUCCUACGCCAACCCCAUGGUACGAGAAUUUGAAUGCUGCAGCCGGUGACUUCGCUUCAGCGGCUGGUGACUAUGCAGCAUCAGCUACAGAUGCGGCAGUAGGCCAGGUCUCUUCUGCGACGGAGUUGGCAGGAGAUUAUGCCUCUUCAGCUGGCGAUGCCGCAGCAUCCCAAUACUCCAUUGUUAGCUCUCUUGUCUCCGAACUUAUAAUCGGAAAAGAGCCCCCUGUUACCGAGUCGGUGUAUUCACGUCUCUCAGGAGCAUAUUUCACUGGCAUUGCCUCGGCAUCAAGCAUCGCCAGUGUCGCAUCUGCAACGGCAGCCAGCGUGGCAAGCGAAGCGAGUGACACGGUCAGCUCCUUCGUUGACGCUGCUGCCGAAAAAGUUAAGGGCACGGCCCAGCAUGGCAAGGACGAACUUUAGAUGCUGACCGCAUCAAUCCGAACACCCUUGACAAUUGUCAUUGUAGGUAGACAUUAAUGAUAAUUACUACAGCAUACGAAACGAUACGAGGUUUCUUGGCAAUUAAGCUGAGAUAAUCUCGUGUUGAUCUCUUUCUCUCUCGCUCUUUUGGAACAUGGCAUAUACCCGGAGCGUUAGGAUGCGUGGGCAUUUCUCUUCUAGUUUACAUGGUCUUUUCAUUUUUCCCGCGGAUACGCUGUCGAAGGAAACAAGGUGCCCUUCCACCGAUCAUUUGUAGUCGCCGUUGUAGAUGUGAGGGGGGGAGGGGAGGGAG